GGUGCCAGUCGCUUGCUAGCGUUCAUUCCAAUCAGACCGAGGUUCUCGUGGCGCCCCGGAUGUUGUCGUAAGCGCAUUUCUGAUGUUCGGGAACAGUUGGUUCGAUGUCGUAAAUUGGCAUUCGGGAUGUUUGAUAUCAGGCGUCGCGCAUGUUUUUUUUCGGUUGCGUUUUCCCGUUGCUGCAACCCUCGACGUUUUUUCUGUUCUGGCGACAAGGCAACGUCGGCGACGCGUAAAUAAAAAAAAUCAACCCUCUCUAGUCAUGUCUGCCCGCGUUUGCUGCAAUCAUAGGGCCAUCUUGUGAUACUUCUUCCUUCGCAAGAAACGAUUCGAUUCGAGAAUCGAAAAUUUCAAUAUUUGUGCUAAAUAGUGCCUUAGUGCCAACUCCUGCUUCUUACCGGCCUAAUGGGAUGAGUGUAUUGUUGGAUUCGCAACCGUUUUUUGCUACGAUACGAGUCUUUAGUGGUUACGUGUUCUAGAUCGCCUGCAUGUGUUAAUUGAAGCUUGCUGCUAAUCAGAACUGUGCACAAAAGUUCGCAGGAGGUGAAAUAAGAAUUGUCGACGAAUGUCGUCGUCUUUUCUACGCCGUUUUGAAAUCCAAAUCAGUCGUGUAACUGAUGUUUGAUCCGUGUGUAUGGUGGUAGCAAAACGCAUUAAAAAGUUCUGUUUGAAAUGGCGUUCGCCAGGACGUUUCAGCUGUUGCUCGUACUAGUGGCUUCAACGGUGCUUCCAAGUAUUGCUUCCUGUCCGGGAAUAGCGACCAAUGAAGUUCACAUAGACUGCGACGAGGAAUCCAAACUAGCCGGGGGAAUUGCGCGGAUGAAAAGUACUACCCCGAUAACGGAGUACUACAAGGAGCAUGAGGUCAGCGAGAAAGAAGCCCGGCAGGCCCUGGAACAAUUGGAUUUGGAUGAGGUAGCCAAAGCGCCGCCGGCAUGGUGCGACGAAUGUGGAAUAGAUAAGAUUCACUUUUGCCGUUCCCCAGCCUUCAUCAAUGAUCACUGCUGCUGCGAACAUCGCCAUUCGAGGGAAAAACUCCCCUGGCUGCCGCACACCUGCUAUCUAGGCAAGGAGCGUUGCCAGCCCCAUUCCAGUUCCUGCAGCAAAUAUCGGGAGAUCCGGCAGUGCUGCUGUGAUCGGAUACUUAUCGCUGAAUAUAAGUCGAAAUUCAACGCAGCCAAUCGGAUCACUUUUCGAUUUCCAUCGAGCAGCUGGAUCAUAUCGGGCCUGGUGACGAUUAUGGCAGUUCGGUACAGGCCAGCCCGGUAGAUGAGUGACAGUGCAGAAGCAGCAGCGGGAAAAAUCAUACUUAUAAAAUACAAAAAAGUAGCAUCAAAAUGAACUGCGAACGAAGAAGGUUGCCCAAUUUAGUUCCAAGUUUUAUUUCGGGAAAAGCGUACUACGCCAAGCGAUUUGUUUAAGGUUGUUCAGUUCUACGUUUAGGCCAUUAUAGUUUUAAGACGUUUACACACCUAUGUAUGUAGAUAACCAGUUCACGUACUUAGUCUGGAGGCAGAGAAACUGAAGCUGAAGAGCUGUGGUAUUUUUAUUUUUUGUAAUCAAUUAGUUUUUAUUUAUCGGUUGCCAAGCAAAUGAGCCACGUGCUGUGUGCUCUACUAGUUGGAAUGCCUUCUGGGCAUAUUCUGAAUUCCUUAUUUUAACUCGAUAGUGAGCAUCAUCCUCGUUUAUUAUUAUGAUUAACAAAAUGUUUGUUUUGUUAAACCAAAGCCAUACACAUAUGUAACUGUAUGUAAAUAUUCUGUAAGAGUCGACUGCUGAAGAAUAAAAUUAAGAAAUAGAA